UCUUUUCCAUUCCAAAUUAUCUGUUGAAGAAGAAGAAGAUGGAGAGCCUCUCUCAACUUCCAUGCAAGACUCUGUCAACACCUCCUCCCCAACAAUUCCCUCCUUCAAGAUCAAGACCCUGCUCCCUCCCUCCUUUCUCCAUCAAAACCCCUACUUCCAUCAAUCUCCGGACCAUCAGCCUCAGACCUGUCUUCUCUCUUCGUGCUGUGGACGCCGAUGACGAAUGGGGCCAAGAUUAUGAAGGUGGCGGCGGUCCAGCAGUGGCCUUAGCUGCGGCCGAGGAGGAACCAAAAGGGGAAAUAUAUGAUCUCAAAAAACAGCUGAUGGAUUCCUUUUAUGGCACGGAUCGGGGAUUGAAGGCCAGCAGUGAGACUCGAGCUGAGAUUGUGGAGCUUAUCACUCAGCUCGAAGCCAAGAACCCCACCUCUGCCCCUACUGAAGCCCUGCCUCUCCUCAACGGCAAGUGGAUUCUCGCGUACACUUCCUUUUCUGGUUUAUUCCCAUUGCUGUCAAGGGGGACACUGCCACUGGUAAAAGUAGAGGAAAUAUCACAGACGAUUGAUUCAGAGAAUUUCACUGUCCAAAACUCUGUUCAGUUCGCAGGGCCAUUAGCUACUACUUCUAUCAGCACCAAUGCUAAAUUUGAUGUUCGAAGCCCCAAGAGAGUCCAGAUCAAGUUCGAAGAAGGCAUCAUUGGAACCCCUCAGCUGACAGAUUCCGUUGUAUUACCGGAAAAUGUGGAAUUCCUGGGACAAAAGAUUGACCUCACGCCUUUUAAAGGCAUAAUGAGCUCUGUUCAGGACACCGCAUCUUCGGUGGCGAGGACCAUUUCCAGCCAGCCACCAAUAAAAUUUCCAAUCACAAACAGCAAGGCUCAGUCAUGGUUGCUGACUACAUAUCUGGAUGACGAUCUGAGAAUCUCAAGGGGCGACGCAGGCAGCAUAUUUGUUCUCCUCAAGGAAGGCAGCCCACUGUUGACCAACUUAACAAGCUAGAAGGCUUCUCAUCUUUUCCUUUCUUCAUUGUAAAGAAGUUGCCCUGUGUUGUAUAAGUAUUGGAUUAUAGAAUGAAACAAUAAUACUUGAAUGGGGGAGGCCUCUUAGAUAGAGGCAUGAUCUGCCCUCUCACAGAAAUAAGAGACUUAUCAGAUGUAUUAGUGUAACUUGGUUUAAUAGAAUUUGAUACUUUGAUGUU